AUGUUGACCAGGACUACUGCUAAAUACCCGCUCACGAGAGUCGAAGUUAAAUCAUUCACGACUCAUAGUGGCAUCGUAGGAGAAACACUGGACAAUGUCAUUCUUGGACAAAUACCGAAGCGUAUAAUUGUCGGUUUUGUCGAUAACAAAGCAUUUAACGGUGCCCGACAUUUAAAUCCGUUCAAUUUCCACCAUUAUGGAAUAAAUUUCUUUUCACUGUAUGUCGAUGGAACUCAAAUCCCUAGCAGGCCGUUACAGCCAAAAUUCUCUGGUAACGAGAUGCUCUACGCCGAGGCGUAUCACACCCUUUUCUCGGGAACGGGUAUUCACUUUUUGAACGAAACUAAUUUUAUAUCCAGAGAAGAUUAUCCUGCUGUUUAUACUCUUUUCGCCUUCGAUCUCACUCUUGAUCUAUCGGCUAAUUGCGUGGCUCAAUGGAACCUUGUGAAACAUUGUAGUUUGCGAAUGGAAGUAUUCGAAGUACGAUUCGAAAAAGCUCUCAUAACAACUAUCAACUGCUUAGUUUACGCUGAAUUUGAAAGCGUGCUGGAAAUAGAUUCUUCUCGUCAAGUCAUUGUAGAUUAUAACGGUUAA